CCAGUUGCCACCUGAACAGAAAUUUUAUGGUACACGUGACAUUAUGCUACGACAUAUUGGAGUCAAUGUUGAUUGGUUGCUCCGCCAGACACAGCCUGGUCGUUGAUUCCCUGUCAACGUGGAUAAUUAACCGAGCGAUUUUUCAAAAAAAAUGAUGUAAUUAGAAAGUCCAGAGGAGCAGAAGGAUCCCCCAACAUUUGUAAGACUGAGAGAAUUGUGACGAGAUGAAUAAGCAUCAGCAUAACAAUGCCCAGACGUUGAAGUACAUCAGCUUGGUCACUCUGACGCUACAAAAUGCGUUGGUGGGCCUCAGCAUGCGAUACGCCAGGACCAGAUCCGGUGAUAUGUUUCUGGCGUCUACCGCGGUUGUAAUGUCAGAAGUUGUGAAGUGUGUCACAUGUCUCAUCCUAGUAUUUUUAGAAGAAGGGAAUUUACGAAAGUUCAUCAACUCCCUGCAUUCAACGAUUAUCAAAGAGCCAGUAGAUACUCUCAAAGUUUGCGUACCUUCGUUCGUUUAUCUAGUACAAAACAAUCUGCUGUAUGUGUCAGCGUCGAAUUUGGAUGCUGCAACGUAUCAGGUAACUUAUCAACUCAAGAUCUUGACAACAGCAUUCUUUGCUGUAGUAAUCCUCCGAAGAUCUCUCCUAAAAAUUCAAUGGAGUGCAUUAAUCCUACUGCUGAUAGGAGUUGUCCUCGUCCAAUUGGCAGACAGUGGUCCCACCAAGGUUCCAUCUGGAAUCGAGCAGAACCGUGUACUUGGAUUCUCAGCAGCCCUGACGGCCUGUUUUCUCUCCGGUUUUGCAGGCAUAUAUUUUGAAAAAAUCCUCAAAGGCUCCGACAUCUCCGUUUGGAUGAGAAACGUACAGUUGAGUUUAUUAUCAGUGCCAAUUGGAUUAAUUAGUUGUUACGUGACAGAUCGUGAUGUUAUAAUUAAGCAGGGAUUUUUCUUCGGCUACGAUUGGUUCGUCAACUACUUGGUUGUUCUGCAAGCAGGUGGUGGUCUCAUUGUUGCAAUGGUAGUCAAACAUGCUGACAAUAUACUCAAAGGUUUCGCCACCUCUCUGGCUAUCAUUAUCUCCUGCAUUGCGUCAAUUUAUUUGUUCAAUUUUAAACUCACAUUUCAAUUUGCAUCAGGCGCUAUUCUCGUUAUUUGUUCCAUUUUCAUGUACAGUCAUCAGCCAAAGCCAAAACAAACCACUGAUAGACACACGUUGUUGGAGAAAAUCUGAGAGAGAUGUGAAUAAUUCUGUUUAUUUGACCGAAAUUUUAUAUUUGUUGACAAACUGAAAGUAUGGUAUCAAACGACGUUGAGGAGACGAAAAAGAUGACAGAAAAUUUAUUAUAUUUUGUUAUCAUGCAUGGAACAAUGAAAUUGAAUGAUUAAUUGUGAAGUUUGAAAUUUUACAGUGUAAUAUUUUUAUACAAGUGAGUGAAUGGGACGUCAGUUGUGAGAAUAAUUAUCAUUUGAGACCCGAGUAUUCAUGUUUUUCAUUCCAAUAGGACAUUCCAUGCCAACUCAGCCAUCUGGAUUUUUUAAUGUCCUAUAAACGCUAAUUGGCUUGUUCAGGAUCCAGUAUUGUAUAAAUGGAGAAUUUUUACCGUCUUAGCCUCGCUUGUGUGCCUAACACUCACGAUAGUACUUAGAAUUUUCAGAAAUCUAUCUUGCGAACCAAUAUGCGGAUUUUGAUGAAUAAAAAACGAUUCUUUUUGGUUUUUCAAGUACUUUCUGGAUGAAAAUACUCUAGUAUACCGGAGGCAUUUAUCACUCUCUUGGUCUGUGGAAAAAAUCUAAAAAAAUUCAACAAUCAACUUCAGAGUUUCAUUGAAAAAACUGCAAGAUUUCUGACUGUAGAAGGUGCACUGAGAGCAAAACAGCCGAGUUCUCAAAGAAGCUUUACUUGUGCCAAAAAAAUAGUUUUGUUAAAAAUGAUCAAAAAAGGAUUUUUUUGUGCCACACAUUCGAAGCGUGCGCCGAGAUUGAAAAUUUUUAAUGCAAAAAUAGUUUUAGUCUUCUCAAAAAAAUUUUAUUCUCUGUGCAAACAACACACGUAAAUGCGUUUUAUAUCAAACGAGUGAUAGUAGUUUGUCGUUUCGGCUAUUCAAUAAUAACAGACAAAACAAAAAUUCUUAAAUGAAUUAAUAACAAUGAUAACAGCAAUCUUGUAACUUAGGGACUUUUUAGGGAAUUUUUAUCGUGAAAAGGUAUGCAUUCUUGUAUGCAUUAUCCACCUCUUGACCCAAAUAUUUCGUUGUUGUUGAAAGCAGAGCAAUUAUUCAUGUUUGAGACUUUUGGCUCAAACCAGACUUAUUUGAGAACUUGUUCGGUUUUCUCUCAGUGUUGACCUCUGGUGACGGGCAAUCGAUAGAUCCUAUUCCUUCAACUCUAUUUAGAUUUAAAAACGAAGGCAUUUAUGCGGAGGCGUUUAUAAACAUAAUCAGAAAUGUUCUUCGUACCCGAAAUUCACCAGUUAUGGUGGCUUAUUUGAGAUGGAAUGUCCCAUAUAGGGUGAACAGGCCAAUUGCUGGAUGUAGGAUCUAAAAUAAAAGAAUCACCUAAAUAGAGA